AUGGACGAAGAUAGCAGUAGCCUUCAUAACAAUAUCGCCGCCCCUACCGCCUCCUUGAAUACCGUUGAUGGCUCCUUCGACAUGACUCCGCCUACCGAAAAGCCUAUCAAAAACAUUCAUCACGACAGCUUCUUUGAACUUGCACGUUUGAUGAAGGAGAAGAAACCGUAUACUGCCACUCCAAAUCUGACUCCACGCCUGUCGCCCCCUGCCAGACCAAACAAUCGAUCUUUUUCCCGCUCGACGAAGUCCUUUACUGCGCCCGAGACUGUCGCUGAAUUUCUUGAGAAGCAAGAAAAUCAAUCAACUACAUCUUCGAGUAGUGACCUAGCGUAUCCCUCAGACAUCGAGCCGCUUCCACGUGUGGUAUCAGUUGAGUCACCAACAUCUAAUGAAUCUCUUCAAACACCUCGACUAGAGGAACACAUACCAAUGCUCGGACGCCACACUCUAGCUCCCGAGCAAAGCGACGAAGAAAUCCAAAGAAUGGAGGACGAUGGUGGGUCGCAGUUAUGCAGGCUCAAGUACCAAAAUGAGGUUAACAAAGACCAAAAAGCAUCGAUGUGCCGACUCUUGGCUGAGAAGGAGAUGAGGAUCAAGACUCAACAGCUAGAUUUUGAUAGACUGGCUCGGAGAAUGACAGAAUUAGAGGCUGAGCUCAAGGACUUGGAAGAAGCGGCUAGGGAGCGUGAUUUUCUGCGCAGCACUGUCGCGAAACUAGCUCGUGAACGAGAUGAAGCCUUGCAAGCCGCUACCUGCGCGCAAGAUUACCAAACCCGCAUCCAAAAGCUUACCGAUCAUCUUGUGAGGUUCAAAGAAGCCAAUCUCGAGCUACGUCAAAAGCUUGUGGAAGAAGGCCUCAAUAAGAUUAAUCUGGGAGAAGAUAAUGAAGAUCUCCAAGCCAAACUUCGCGAGAAGACCAGUCUUUGUGACCGCCAACGCGACCAGCUGAAGACUGUCGAACGAGAACUUCGGAUCUCUGAGGAGCGUCUCAAUAAUACACAGAGUGGCCAGUUGUUACAGGGCGCUGCGCAUCUUGUCAGGCCGCACAUGCAUGCUGAGCUACCAAAGAGGGUGGUUGCAUGCUCCGAGUGCUACGCCAACAAUCUGGAGUGCGAUAGUGAGGCGAGAUGCCGCAGCUGUACCGAACGUGACGUAUCGUGCGGGCGUUGGAGGUGCUCAAUGAAGCACAAGCUGGGUGAUUGUCCUCUUGCACUAUGCAAACUCUCACAUGACUCGCAGGGCUGGCUUAUCCUCCCAAAAGAGAGGCCUCAGUGGUGA